AUGGCUAGAGUACAUCCAGGAGAGUCGCCAUCAAGUUUUGUGUGCCAGGGUUUAUUGGAGCUCUUAAUAAGUUCAAAUUCUGUAGCAACCACUCUAAGGGAACACGUAAUAUUUAAAGUUAUUCCUAUGAUAAACCCUGAUGGGGUGUUUUUGGGCAAUUACAGAAGUACGGUAAUAGGAGCAGACCUCAACCGAUGCUGGAACAUUUCUAAUCAAUGGUGCCAUCCCACCAUAAGAGCUGUGAUUGAUAUGUUAGUGAGAAUAGAUAAAAAUAAGGAAUUCCAGUUAGAUUUUGUUAUAGAUAUACAUGCUCAUUCAAGUCUUAAGGGAUGUUUCGUUUAUGGAAAUAGCUAUGAAGAUGUUUACAGGUAUGAGCGUCACAUACUAUUCCCAAAGCUCCUAGCCAAUACCCUAGAUGACUAUGUACCUGAAAAUACAAUGUUCAACUCAGAUGUAAAUAAAGUAGGCACCGCAAGGCGAUAUCUUUGUUCUGUUUUAAACGACAAAGUCAAUUGUUAUACUUUUGAAGUUUCUAUUUAUGGUUAUAAACUUAAAGGAUCCGAAGUUAUUAUUAUUCUUUAUGCAAGAAUAGAUAUGAGAUGUGGUCGAAAUCUAGUGAAAACAUUCCUAGAAUACUACCAUAACACUGGGGCUAUUCCAGUUAUGAUGGGGUCAGAGAUAGUUCAAAAAAAGCGUAAACCUAGACUUAAAGACAUACGAAGAAGAAACAAAAAUAGACUUCAACGCCCACUAACAAGUCGAACGCUGGCUGCUCUACAUUUCAAGAAUUUAAAUAUAUGUGAUUAUGACACCUCUUUCGAUGAAUUAACUUUAAGUCAUAGAAAUGUCAGUCCACAGAGAACAUUUGAAAGAUUUGCAGAACAUAUUAAUCUAAAAGACGAAACUUUAAAAGAAGGAAGAACAUAUACAACUCCACUUUCGGCAACUACAUAUGUGGUUCUACCAGAACCAUCUUUGUCUAUUAUAGAUUUUAAUCUCAUUAUUCGUGAUGACAUUAAAGCAUACAAUCAAAGCAAAAUGAAAAAAUAUAAGCCUAAUGUAACUUAA